AUGGCUUCUUUGACCCAAUAUAUACGACGGACCUUCGACGUCGUUCACCUUCAAGAACUUGAAUGUCAGGCAGAGUGUCUUGCUUCCCGAUACGGCUGGUUACUCAUAUUAUCAAGAGAAACAUCUUCUCUUUUUUUCUUCAACCCCUUAACGUGUCAAAGAAUCGAUCUCCCAUAUACCAAACGUAUUAUCAGUGCCGCGGCAUUCUCUGCCCCUCCUACUUCCCCUGACUGUACUGUUUAUGCAAUUAAAUCCUCUACUUUCAAUGAUGCAUGCGAGCUUCAUAUCGACACUUUUCUUAUUGGACAAGAAAGCUGGAUCCCCCAUUCAUAUAAAUCUACAACAAAACCUCUCAUAGCCAAUGUUGUUCAAGCAGUUUGUAGCAAGGAGGUUUUGUACUGUGUGGAUUCACGCGGAAGAGUCGGUGCCUUUGAUGUGAAGGAUGGGAAUUGGACCGUUUUUCCGGGCGAGGAAUUUCAGAAGGUUUGCACACUUUCUCUGGUGGAGUUCAAUGGAGAUAUAUUUGCAGCGAAGAAAGGAGCUUAUGGUGUUAUUGAGAAGCUUUAUAAAUUGACUAUUGAACAAGGGAUGGCGGCUUGGGAGGCGGAGAAGGACUCGGGUGAUUUUUCAGUGUUUGUUGGUCCAUAUGGGUCUUGCGGUGUGUCGGCUCCGAAUGAAGAGACGAAGGAGAAGCUUUUUGUUGCCGACUGUAGACCCGAAUCCAGGUGUGUCGUCUACAACGUUGUUGGAAGGGACUACAUGGAGGCUGAAAGGUUUAUUGGCGGAUCCUUCAGUUGCUGGUACAAUCCGGUUUGGAUUGAAAGGUGA